CUUCCCCCUUUGCGCACCGUUGCUGUCGGCGAGCGGAAGCGCGUGGCUAUGCUCUCACGUCCGGUGUGUGGGCGCGCGGGUUGAUUCGGUCUGUGUCCGGGUGACUUGGCUGCUGCCGCUGCUCCCAAAUGGCGGUUCGUUUUCCUGAGGAUCUGGAAGAUGACAGCACAACAUUUAAUCCAGAGUACAGCCAUCAAGUGUUCGGGGAUGAUGAAGUUGCCUUCGGUUACAAGGGUCUGAAGAUCCUUUUGUACUACAAUGCUGGUAAUCUGUCAACACUUUUCCGCAUCGAGUAUACAUCUAAAGUUAAUGAAAACUUUGACUGUGUGGAGGCAGAUGAUGUAGAAAACAAAAUUAGAAAAAUCAUCCCUCCUGGAUUUUGCACAAGCACAGAUGACUUUGUCUCUUUGCUGGAAAAGGAGGUUAAUUUUAAGCCUUUUGGAACGUUACUACACACAUAUUCAGUUCAUAAUGAGGAAGCAGGAGAAGACAUAACAUAUCAGAUAUAUCAGGCUGACAUGACAUGUCCAGGCUUUCGAGAAUAUCAUGAAAGGCUUCAGACCUUCUUGAUGUGGUUUAUUGAAACUGCUAGCUUUAUUGACGUGGAUGAUGAAAGAUGGAACUACUUUCUAGUAUUUGAGAAGUAUAAUAAGGAUGGAGCUACGCUCUUUGCGACCGUAGGCUACAUGACAGUCUAUAAUUACUAUGUGUACCCAGACAAAACCCGGCCACGUGUAAGCCAGAUGCUGAUAUUGCCACCAUUCCAAGGAGAAGGCCAUGGUGCUCAGCUUUUUGAAACUGUUCAUAGAUACUAUAUGUCUUCUCCAACAGUGCUUGAUAUAACAGCUGAAGAUCCAUCUGAAAACUAUGUAAAACUCAGAGACUUUGUACUUGUGAAGCUCUGCCAAGAUCUGCCUUGCUUUUCCCCUGAGAAGCUAAUGCAAGGAUUCAGUCAAGAAAUGGUGACAGAGGCUCAACAGAAACUGAAAAUAAAUAAGCAACACACAAGACGGGUUUAUGAAAUUCUCCGAUUACGUGCAACAGACAUGGGUGAUCCAGAACAGUCCAGAGGCUAUAGGUUGGACGUCAAAAAAAGAUUGAUUGGCCCAUAUAAGAAAAAGCAAAGAGAACUUGCCAAGAUGAGAAGAUGUCUGAGACCAGAGGAGUUGACGAACCAGUUGAACCAAAUAGACCUAAAUAUGCAGCAUGAACAGUUAGAAGAGAGCUUCCAGCAACUUGUUUCAGAUUACCGAAGGGUCCUAGAACGACUUGCUCAAGCAUGAGGAUUCUACCUUUCUGUACAGGAAACUUGCAAAUUUCUAUACAUUGUGUUGUGAAGCACAUCCAUAAUUGCUACUUAAUUGCAAAAUCUCAUGUGACGUUUUAAUCACAUUUAAGAUGACUUUUUUUGUGUGUUUUUUCUGUGCAUUUUUGAAUAUUUUCUAUUUUUGUGUUGUAGAUUUAAAGAUGGUUGUACUUAGGUUUUGGGGCACUUACUGCUUAAAUAAACAAGAAUGUAGAUUCUGAGAUGCACUAUCA